GAGCCCACUAUGUUGUGUUCAGUAUUUUAUUUUCUCCAGAAAACAUAAUCACUUCAUGUCAUGGAUCCCAAGCAGCCCAACAAGUGCUAGGAAGAAAUAAGCCACUCUUCAUCGAAGAUAGCCUUCUAAUAGUCCUCACCAUGACACCGAUGCGUCCGUCUCGAAUCCGGGGAAAUGAUCCCCACGAUAAACUUGCGGCCAUCCGAGGAGAAAGAGUUCCCGACAGUUUCUGGUAUCGGCAGACUCGGCGAUGCCUGGUGCGAGGAAUCCGCGCCCACGAUGGCUUCGCACAGAACCUGUACGGGCAGCGUCCAGAAUUCACCCGUGCUUUGAAUGCGCGCGCAAUUAUGAGCAAUCGAGUCCCAGACAUGAACUCACCGGAGGAAAUUCCUACUGUUUCUGGCAUCCAGAUAUCCCAGCUGAACAGACUCUCCGCGAGCUACUGGAGCGAUACCCUGGGAACGACCUAUUGCGAUACCAGAUUGGCCGUACGUGCGCUGCAGGCGGCUACACCUCACUUUACCUAGAGCUAGACUUAAUAUCAGACGUGGCCAUCACAGAGGAAGCGCGCGAUAAUCUGGCCUCCGGGAGAGCGAUCUACGAGAGCAUUA